UCCCCAUACAUACAUACUACUAGUGCAUGCCCCAGCCUGUUUCAUUUAUCCAAUCCCCCUUCUUUAUUUCUUGACUCUUAUUUCUUUACGUCUCGCGCGCGCUUUAUUUACGCCCCUUACUCCUCUGACAUCUCGUACAUCUUUCCUCUCUUUGUGCGCGUGGUUUUACUGUGUCAGCCUUGGACACAAAAACCCUAUCGGCGAUAAGCCCAAAACAUCCCACUCUAUAGUGUUAUCAUCAUUCCGGUUUCUUAUAUCAUCAACACACGCCUUGCAUAUCACAAGUUCGAUCUCUUUCCAAAGUCCAAUUGUCUUGCGCGAUUGCGACUCCGAUAUCGCAUUGUCGAAAGCAUUGCUAUCAAGUCGGGUUUAGGUGAUCAUUUCUACCCGGUCUCACAUCGUGUGGGCUUUCGACAAAUAUAACUCAGAUCAUGUCACAAGACACUGAACCUCAGUUGUCGCAAGGUUCUCUUGCGCCUCCUGUAGAGUUUAACAUUCCAGCGAAUCCGGUCCAGCGGGCAAACCUUUCUGCAUCUCCAAAUUUCGCAAGGGCUGAAAGUCAUACAUCGCAUUCAGAGAAAAGCAAGUUACUCUCACCCCCUCCAUUGUCCUCAUCAGACAUGACCCCUCCGCCAUCGACGCAAGUACCGGGAGCUCCUCUCCGUCGCUCUCGGUCCCGAUCCCGAUCCCGAUCAAACUCCCUCCUGGUAUCCCCACCAAAUAUGGAAAAGUCGCUGUGCGCCGCAUAUGGGGCUUCCGAGAACCUGCCAACAGUCGAUGAUAUCAACACAGCCAGCGAGCCCCAACUUCGUGCCAUUUCCAAGGAUUUGCUUAACAUAGCCCAAGAAGCUCGCAUGUCCGCUCUGCACUUUAAACUGCAACAUAGCCUGUUAUCAUUCUCGAGCAAUGAGGCGAUCAAACGCGCUGAGGUCGAGCACCAAUUGGCAAGACGUGAGGUUGAGAUUCUCCAGAGCUCAGAGUAUCGCAACCGUCAUGGCCCAGCCGAAAUCAAGCCAUUGCAGCCGAUUUCCAAUGCGGAGCUGGAAUUGGCUCUCCGGCGAAAUCAAGAACUCGAGAGAAACAAUGACACCCUUGAUCGAAGACUGCGUCGCGCAAAGAGACUCAUCGAGCAAGAAAAGGUCAAAUCUGAUAUGCUCAACGAGGAAAAUCAGCGAUUAAAGGGGCGCAUUCGGGACAAUCGGCAACAUUUCUCUUUGAUGAUUGAGCAAGGAUCCAUGUCUCUCAGUCCCCACACAGAGCUCCACACUCCUCGCAGAAGAUCUGGUCGCCACAUUUCCGAUCACGGUAAUACGAGUAAUCAUUAUGGCAGCCACCAAUUGAGCAGGGAAGAAAGUGGCCUUGCGGCUCUUCUUGCUGCGGGCCAAUUUGCGGACCGAUUCUCCAACAGUCAAGAAUCCGCGAGCGUUGCUUCCACUCCUGAUCAAAAUUUCGUGCACAGUCAGCAUUCAAACGGCGACAUUUAUGGUUCCCAUCAAGUGUCGUCUGUCCCUAAGACGCCUUCCCGCUCCCAGGAAGCCCAUCUGCAGUACUUGACUCCGGUGGGAAACACCCGCCAAGAGCAGUAUGAUCGGGACAGCACCAUCUCUGCCUCGGAUAUCGAAGAAGCGGAUACUGUACAGGAGGAAGAAGAAGAAGAAGAAGAAGAAGAAGAAGAAGAAGAAGAAGAUGAUGAUGAUGAUGGAAAAGAAGAGGCCCCAGGUUCGCAGGCUAGUUCAUUGGCAACAGAUAUGCUUCGCCGCAACGCUGGGAGCCGUCGUCAAGAGACUCGAAGUUCAGCCAAUGUCCCAAAGACCAGCACCCUGUUGCAGACAAAACUAUUUGGCCAGGUGAAGAAAGCUGGAGCUGAGCCUGCUGUUAGUUUGAAACGCAAAGCAACUCACGAAGAAGAGCGAGGGGUAAAGAAGUCCAAGGCGGUGGGACUUGGUAUUGACGCAUGGGGCAAUCGCACAUAGCGUCUCGCUGCUUUUCGUUUUCUAUUCCUUUUCGGCGUUCAACACCUCUUGGGCUUCUGACUAAGUCCUGUACUGGCGUUUUGGAUCUUUGAUUGCUGUUAAUGAUGAUUGAUGAACGUAUGCAAAUAUUGGACGGGCAUGGUGUUUUUUGAGGUUGGUUCAACAGUUUCGAGUACUAUUGGGCCAUAGGGUGGUCAUUGGAGUCCGUUUUGGGUCUUAGAUAGCAACGAAUUAAAUAAAAGAAACAAAGCAUUCUCUUG